UAUAAAACCUUCUUCCUCAUCAACUCUUUUCUUUCAUCUUUCUGCCCGUCAAUCUUUCGCAUUCUCCUCUGUUAGAGGCUUAGAGCAGCUCUCAAAUUUGAUUUUGCGAUCAGGAUACUCAAUUCCCUCCUAACUCUCCAUCGCCGAGCAAUUUAUUUACGAGAACUUGGCAGUCACUCUCCAGCACCAGAGGACCAAAACCUCUCCGAUUCGCUUCGCCAAUUUCGUAUCACAUUCUCUGGUGAUUUAGCUCUUCCGCUCUAACAUUCAUCACCGUCCAGAAGGAAACUUCAGAGGCGCCCCAAGAAGCUAUGGCGGCGACCGAAUCUCGUUUCCUUACAGAACAACGGAGAGAAGAACAAGAACAUGGAGAUGGCUCCGGUAAAGCAAUUACUUCCGCCUCUAUACCUACGAUGAAGGAAGAAGAAGAACUGGAUUCGACAGUUGAGUUGCCUGAUGAACUUGUUGUCAGCGUUCUGUCUUGCUUGACCCUCAAGGAAGCAGUUAGAACUUCAGUGCUCUCCAGAAAGUGGAUUAAUUUAUGGAAAUCCUCCAAUUUGGUGCUUGACUUCGAUGCUUUGGAGGAGUUAAUAGCUAUUCAUAUGUCCCCAGGGAAGAAGCAGCCAUUACUGAAAGAAAAGAGGAGGUGGUUAAAGAAUUGGGUGAAUGGGGUAGUGGGGCAGUUGCAGGAGCAUAAUAUUAAUAAUGCCUUGACACUUAAAAAGUUCAGAGUUGUAUUCAACUUCACCAAACAGUGCAAUUCCGAAGGGGACAUCGACAGAUGGGUGGAGUUUGCGAUUUCAAAGAGAGUCGAGUCUCUUGAUUUGCACUUCGAUACGCAGUUUAUGGGGAAUGCUGAGUUGUAUGAUUUCUCAGAGGAUGUUUACAAUCACAUCAAGACCCCAGCUGGAUUACUAGAUAUCAAGCCCCUCAAAUCUUUGCGUUUGAAUGGUGUCGAAGUCAAGAGGGAGGUUCUUGAACAUUUCAUCUCCAAUUGCCCAUUGCUUGAAGAGUUGGCUGUGGGAAGGUCAGAAUUCCUGAAAAAGCUCAGAGUUGUGGGUUCGUCUGGAUCGCCACUCCGAUUGAAGUACUUGGAAUUAAGGCACUGCAGGAUUCUGGAGUCCUUGGAGAUUGAUCACACCCCUUUCCUCGAGCGCCUGAUUUAUGAUAAAUGUGAUACACUGAUGGAAUGGCGAGUGGGUAAAUGCCCAAGUCUUGUGCAAAUGAUCUUAGGCUUUGCUUUAUUUAGGGAUGGGUACAAUCACGUGGUUAAAGCCCUUUAUGGAUGCGUAAGUCAGUUAGAGCAUCUGUUGGUGAAGACGUUUGCGGUGGGCAGGCUAUUUGAGGAUGUGGCUGAACACACACGCCUGGAGCGGCUGACGGUGGAAGCUUGUGGAGGAGGCAAUAACAGUCUUCUUGAAUUGGUUCCUUUGAUAAACGCAUGUCCUCGUUUGCACACGUUGCAAGUGUUUAUGCAUACGUACAAUGACGAGCGAUGCACUACACUCCCGCAAACUAUUGUGAAAAUGCAGCGUGAGAGCAUCAAAGUGGUGGAGAUUGUUGGGUUUAGAGGCUUUUCAAUCGAAUGCGAGCUUGUUGAGUAUGUGAUGGAGUAUUUCGUGGCAUUGGAGAGGAUAGUGGUUGAUCGCGCAGUGGGAGGUUACCUUCCUUGCGAAGGUGAGAUUCUUGGCGGUAGAAUACCCAAGCUUUGCACCGAGGAGGAAGCUGCUGAAGCUGAAAAGCUUGCGUUGGGAUUCAAAUUAAGAGCGCCUCCAACACUUGAAUUUGUUGACGAUUUCACUGGAACUGCUUCUACAGAACUGUGCUUAUCUUGUGGAUGUGUUGAUAGGAUCUUGUUUGAGCAGACCUGGUUUCGCAUGUCACUCCAUCUCCUGCUACGCUCGUCAGUUGGCUGUCCUUAUCGUGAAGGCGUGAAGUUCAGACUGGUCGAAGGAAAAGGGGAUAAUAGCCCAGAGGAAACCAUGGAUACGGCCUCUGAUUUUACCGGAUCGGAAGUAAGAGAAGAAGAAUUGGAUUGGACUGGUAAGUUGCCUAAUGAAGUUGCUGUCAAGGUUCUGUCUUGCUUGACCUUCAAAGAAGCAAUUAGAACUUCAGUCCUCUCUACUAGGUGGAGAGAUUUGUGGAAAACAUCCGAUUUGGUGCUGGACUUUGACGCCUCAGAUGAGUUGUUUGUUAUUUACAAGACGUCCAGCCAGGGGAUGAUGCCUUUAAUGGCAGAAAAGAGGUGGUGGUAUAAGAAUUGGGUGAAUGGGGUGGUUAGGCAGCUGCAGGAGCACAAUGCCUUAAAACUUAAAAAGUUCAGAGUUGUAUUCAACUUGACUAAUCAGUGCAACUCCGAGGGGGAUAUCGAUAAAUGGGUGAGGUUUGCAGUUUCAAAGAGAGUCGAUUCUCUUGAUCUAAACUUCGAUGUGAGUGGUGUGGGGAAUGCUAAGCUUUAUGUUUUCUCAGAGGAUUGUUACAAUCACUUUAAGACGCCAGCUGGAAUGUCAGAUAUCAAGUCCCUCAGAUCCUUGCGUUUGAGUUGUGUCGAAGUCCGAGGGGAGAUUCUUGAACAUUUCAUCUCUAAUUGUCCCUGGCUUGAAGAUUUAGCUGUGCAACAGUCAAAUGCACUUAAACAGCUCAGGGUCGUGGGUUCAUCAUUGUCACCACUCCGAUUGAAGUACUUGGAAUUAAGGUACUGCUGGUAUCUGGAAUCUCUGGAGAUUGAUCAUGCCCCUGGCUUAGUGCGCUUGAUAUAUGAUGAUUGUCAUCGCGUGGAGGAAUUGCAAGUGGGUAACUGUACAAAUCUCGUGGAUGUGACUUUAGGUUUUGGUCACUGUCAGUAUGAUGUCGUGUUUAAAGCCCUCUCUGGAUGUGCCAGUCAGUUGGAGUCCCUGUUGCUGAAGACAUUUGCUAUGGGCAAUUUGCUUCCUGAUGUGGCUGAACACACACGACUUGCGCAGCUAACAGUAGAAGUUAUGGGUGGACGAAAUGGCAGUCUUCGUGAAUUAGUUCCUUUGAUAAACGCAUGUCCCCGUCUGCACAUACUGCAAGUGUUUUUGCAUACAGACUCUAGCGAUGAAAGCAGACCACGAGUGGUCGAUGUUGUGAAAAUGCACCGUGAGAGCAUCAAAGUCGUGGAGAUUGUUGGGUUCAGAGGCUUUGAAAUGGACUGCGAGCUUGUUGAGUAUGUGAUGCAGUAUUUUGUGGAAUUAGAGAGAAUAGUGGUUGAUCGAUCCGCUGGAACUCCAUCCUCUUGUGAUAAUUCGAUUUUUGGCAGUACAUUAAGCAAGCUUUGCAGCAAGGAAGAAGCCGAUGAAGCCAAAAUGCUUGCAUUGGGGUUCAAAUCAAGAGCGCCUCCAAACAUUGAUUUUAUUGUAAUUUGAUCAGUUGCCUUUCGAGGAAGGAUUGUUCAUAACUUCAGUUUUAAGCUACCUCAACAACCGCAGGCCAGCAGGUUUGAUUACUGAUUACCAGUGAAAUGUGCAUUUAGUAGAAAUGGUUCGAGGUUCAUUGCAGUGAUUUACCAAUACCUGGUCUGUAGGGAUUGGGGUGUUUGAUUGUAUUGAUUAGCGUGUACACUUUUUGCGUUGCUAGUUGUUAAUGAAGUAGAAUACAGAUAACAUGAUUACAGCACUUGAAUGUUUUAUACACCCUGGAGCCUUCAUGCUUCUAGUCGUAGCUAGAUAGUCCGAUUCAAGUAACCUAACAUCACGCUUCAAGGGCAUCAUUAUGUUAGAUACCUACUAUGCUUCUUAUUGCGGGAAGAUUAUCUAGCAAGGCGUGCACUAUCCUAGUUGAUAGAAUUACUAGUAAGAUGAGAUCAUGGCGGGCUUCCAAGC